GAAAUGGAUCAGUGAAAUAUCAACAGAAAUUAAUCGAAAAAUGUCUUGUUUACAAGCGGGAUCGGUUCUUUCUGCAACGGUGGAACAAGCCUUAGAAAACUGUCUACUUGUCUGUGUUAAACACAGAUCAAAAGUAUUCAGAGGGGUGCUUUUCGACGAAAAGAACGCCGUUGUUUGGAGAACGUCCCUCGAAGGACAAGCUAUAAAUGUUGAAUCAGAGAAGAAAACUCUAGGAAGUAGUAGUGCUUUCGGUGAUGGUGCUUCAAGGUGGUCAACGCGACAAGCCAGCCUGUUUUACAAGCGAAACAACAACAGAUCAUUUUCCGGCAGAAGGAUUCCCAGUCUAUUUAGCGAGGUGAAAGUCCUCACAGAUGCGGAUUUGAUAGAGGAAAGUCGGGAGAGUCCUAAAAAAAUGGUGGACAAGAUGGAGAGUCCAACUAAAAGACCAUCUGCCUCUGGUAAUCAAAAAAGCAAGCAAGGGCAGAUCCUGAAAGCGAAGGAAAAUUCAAGAAAAAAAACCGAUUUGUCAAGCCAAAUAAAUUUGAAGAAUUCUAAAUUUGAAGCUAACUUGAAAAGAAAGUCUUCAAAUCAAGACAGCCAUAGCAGAUCAAGGAAAAAAAGACCAGACAGUGUGAAGGUUGUAGGCAAGGGUGUCCAGAAACAAACCCAGGCAAAGAAACUCAAGGCUGAUUUAAAAAAUCCAAUGAAAACUGAAUUAAAAAUGGAAGGUGAGUGGUCUCUUGGAUCAAAGAAUUUAGCAGCAAAGGCUGUUUCCCCAACACAGUUCAAAUUUAUCUUGACCAAGUCAUGCUCUGUUCCUGUUGUACCAGUUGAUAUUGCAUCAAGCACUGGACAGCGACAACUUGGUGCUGUCGUGUCAUUUAAUAAACUUGAUUCACCUUUAAGUAUGCUGACAAAAAGAGUAACUUCCACUAAUGGCAUAGAAUUGUUUACAUCUUCGACUGAUCAAAAUGUUCAUUAUAAUGUGGACGAGACAGAUCAAAAUAAAUCCAAACAGCCCAAUGCAGGGACAAAUUCAACAACCACAAAAAUUGAAAACAGCAGUGGGACCAAAACUAGUUCUGAGGUAGCUGUUGGAGAGGAAGAAACAUGUGUUUCUAACAUUUUGAAUGUUCAUUAUGUGAGGUUGCCUCCUACACAAGAACAAGACAUAGAGAGACAGGACAACACUAUGGUCACCCAGACUGGGAAUGUUGUGAAAGCUUUGGAUGAUUUUGAUGUGGAAAGGAACAACAAUGAGAGUGUGGCAAGUGAAAAACAACAGAAUAUUGAGACAAAAGAGGCACAGCUUGUAAAUGUUCCUCUUAAAAGGUCGGCAAGAAUUAGUGAACGCAGGGAAUAUAUAUUGCACUCUCAACCAAAGAGCGCAAAACUGGAACACAAAAAAUCUUCUGCAGAACUUAAUGUUCUUAAAGAAGUGGAAUCAGUUUUUGGUGAAGAUAAUGCUGUUUUGAAAUCAUCAAGUUUACAUAUUUCAAACCAAGCCACUGAAGGAUCAACUCCUUCAAAUGAAAAAUCUCAAAAAAAUAUUACUUCACCCACCAAAUACACUCAGAGAAUGACAUGGAAACUUCAGCCCCAAAUGACGCCAGUGGACAAGAUAAAUCCCGUGUCUGUUGGCGACAUUGUGUGGGGCAAAGUCCAUGGCCAUCCUUGGUGGCCUGGGAGGGUGUUGGCUAUUAGUGGAAUUCGCAAUGAAGAAAGCAACAACCCCUGGGACAGAGAUGCUCAUGUCUCAUGGUUUGGGUCCAAUACAAGCUCAAUUAUGCACAUCCACAGUCUCCAGUUGUUCCUGCCCAACUUUGCAAAACGGCACAAAAAGCAGAAGAAAGGAUAUUACAGAGUGGCUGUUCGACAGGCCCAGGAAGCCCUGAUGGCUAUGGAUGGCACUGACUGAUGAAGUUACCAGCUGAAAAUUUCCUGGGUAUCAGAAACGAUAACAAUGAAAACAGCAUGAACACUCUAUAACCUCUUUACACCCUAACAACAAUAUCGUAUUCUCUAUAUUCUUCUCUAGACAUUUCCUUUGGUACUGACAGGGUGAAAUUUUCUAACAAUCAAGCUUCUUAAGUUGGUUAUCAUUUCCUUUAUUCUCGUGAUCUUUGAGUGAUUCAGCAGUCAAUUACAGUUAGGAGAAAUUAGAUGCUGGUCACUUUUUGGGUUUAAAGGGUCAGAUGUACUAACACAAACAGUAGGUUGCAGAACUGGAGAAAAUUAUAGGUUAACCCAACUACAAGAAGGCUGAACAAUCAUGUGAUUGGCUUUGACUUUUGGCUACUGACUGUUUACGUUUCUGGAACUUACCAUGGCAGAGUUAGUCCAAGGCCAGUUUUGCUCUUUUGUACUUCAGGCAGGAGGUAAGUGAGAGGGCUGCAAGCAGAACUAUGCCAUGCUUAAUAAAUCCCUUUCAGUCUCCUCCUAACCUUAACUUUGUUAACUCCAAUUGAAAUUUUUUGCAUGUGGCCUAAAUUUAGGUUAAAUACAUAGUGAAAACAAGAUAAAAAGUAAAUUAAAUGCUGAAGUGAAUUUUCAAGAGCUGACACUUCACAUACAAGUACUGUAUCAGGACAGCUCAAAGUAAAACUUGCAGAUUGUUUUACUUGGGCAGUUCAACAACUGCUUUUGUUGGUAGUACUGCUGAAAAGAGGUGAAACAGCUGAACACAAAUAUUAAUCUGCAAUUAACACACAAAGUGGGGUUUGUUCAAAUUAGCAAAGUUACGUCUUGCUUAAAAGUAAAUUAGUAGAUGUAAACACACAAAAUUGGUUUCUGUUAAUAGACUUAUUCACAUUUGUGUUUCAAUAUUGCACCACUGUGAUUAGCACAAAGAAUAUAUGAGUGAAUUUGCCAUAAAACAACUGAAAGAAUCUUCAUGAAGGGGGUAAGUUUCUAAUGAAACUGUGGUGCUUUGUCAAUGGAGGGUAUUACAAAAUAAUUAGGCUUUAUCGGCUGAGUUUUUGUAAAUUGGCCUCUGUCAAGAAUUUCUAAAGCUGACAAUUUUACUCUGACAAAGGGUUACCUCUUGAGACCUUCAGCUUUGGAACUCUUUAUGGCGGCCAAAUUAUUUACACUUAUCAAUUCAGUUGAUAAAGCCAAAUUUUCUUGAAGGAAUAUUCAGAAAAGUUGUUAGACCUCCACUGAAGACCCUGCUGGGCAGUUAGAAUAAUUUGGUGCUUUUUAGGAAGAAAAACUGUUAGUCAGUAUUAUUUAGGACAAUCGUCUUCAGGUCAAAGGGAGGUUGCCAAUUGUAGAGGCAACAUAACAACAAACAAAUUUAGUUUCCACAAAGUUGGUCAAUUAAAGUUGAAAAAGUGGCAAAUAAUAACUUUUUGUAAACAUACCAUUUCAAAGAUUACCUUUAGAAGGAAGUAAUUGAAAAGUAAUAGUAUUGUCAGUGGUGAAUCAUUUAUGGUGAACAUUAAAAUUCCGAAGAGACACAAAGCAACUGACCAAGAAAUUGUCUGCAAAGGCAAAGAAUUUAAUGUAACUAUAAGAUGACUUAUGAGGACCCAGAAUUCACAUUUAAUGUGUUAAGUUUUUGGAUAACAUUGAGUCUGGGUCAAUUGUAAUUAUAUGACUGUAGUCUUUCCUUUAGAGUUGAACAAGAAAAUAAAUUAUUUGUUAAACAUUGAGUUAAACAUUAUUGUAUAAUUUGCAAAAAAUUUGUGUCAGAAAACAAUAGGUUAAUUUAUGCUUAUUAUUUAUAGAAGAACUUUCUUUAAAAAGUUAAUUUUUGUCUAGGCCAGCGAAUGUUGUAGAGUUUUUUUACUAGUUAGAUGGCCAUGUUGGGAAGCCAAAGGCUUUUGAAUAACAUUAAGUAACUUAAAAGUUUCUAAAUUAAGAGAAAAAUGUUACUGUUUUGUUGCAUGUAUAUUUUGUAGAAUAACAAAAGAUCAUUGUUCAUUCCCAAGAAAUAAAUACAUCACAAUAAUUA